ACCAAUAAUUUACAAAUUUACAACCCUUGUAUGGACUUUAUUCUCUCGAAGCUCUUCAGUUUUUUCAAAACGAGGCCUUGUAAGUCUCAUCAUCGCCAGAGAACUUCACCACAAACCUCACAGGGACUGGUGUGAGUUGUUCUUACAUAUGAUGACAGAUGUGAUAUGACGUGUUCCACCAUAAGGAACGUAGAUGAGCAAGAGGAAAAUUUAGCUUUGGGUUCAACAGCUCCGCUAAUAUCAUAUUUUGCGAACCCAGACAAUAAAUUUGACUCUCUGGUAACAGUGCAGUGGCUUUGUCCAUUAAAUAUGUGAUUCUACUUUUUUAAGUUAACACUCUUAAGACAAGAAGAUAUUGAAAACAUCUGUUGACUGUAGUAAAUACAAGAAAGAAAGUGUGAUAGACGUUAGCUGAGUGUAUCAAAGUUUAUUAACUAGAAGGUCCUGAAGAAUUCUUGGCGAUUCAUAUAGGAGCAAUGACAGAAAGCGUGGAUCUGGUGUCAGAACAUCUAGCUCCUCUGGUAAACCUGAACUUAAGGGACAACGAAGGUUUUACAUUGCUCAUGAGAGCUUCACAACAACCGUCACCGGAAGGUGAAUGUGUGAACUCUAACAGCGACACUGUAAGUGUUAUUAAACACUUACUGGACAGUGGGGUCAACCCUGAAGCCCGUUCUCCUGAUGGAAUGACUGCCUUUGAAAUGGCUGUCCAGUGUAACAACUGGCCUGCAAUACUAGCGCUUCUUCCUCGAUGUGAGGUGAAGAUCGGUGACAAUGUUUUAUUGGAGGGACAACUAUAUCUUCAUGAGCUGGCUAAACAAAAAGACAUUUGUGAUGAGAAGCUAAGGUCGUUCACGAAAACUUUACUUGCACAUGGCCUGAACAUGGACGAGCUUGACAGCCGUGGUCAUUCACCUUUCAUCAUUGCAGUCGGCAACGAAAACUGGAAUUAUGUUGUUGUACUGUUACAACAUGGCGCAAAAGUCGACAACCAAGCUCUUUUACGUUUUAUUGUUGCUAACCAUAAACUCAUUCCUCAUGCAUAUCUGACAGCUGUACUGGAUGCAAUGCAGGCUCGGGGAAUGGACUUCAACAGUCUGGACCGUGAAGGAAAUACAAUUCUGUUUACAAAGGAUGUGUAUUCGUCCAUCUCUUCUGGACAGGAUCCUUCUGGCUCAUUAUUUAAAAUACUGGUCGACAGAGGAGCAAACCCUUUAGUUCCUGAUCGUCAUGGAUAUUCACUGCUCCGAUUCGCUAUAGGUGUAGAUAAAGAUUAUGGAUUAUACUUACUUAAGUUUCUCGUGCGAACAGGAGUAACUACCCAUCAGCCAAUCUUGACAGACGCUACCAGAUCCAGGCCAAAAAGAAAAGACUAUUUUGAUAAAUCAGUCCACUAUAUGCCAUCUCCAACUGAAGCCGCAUUUAAAGUGGAAGAUGUCCAGGCCUUUAAGCUUCUGAUCGAAUCCGGUGCCAGUAACAACAGGGAAUUGUUUGAACUCAUAGCUCAGCUUGAAGAAAAUUGUUUUUACAAGACCAAAGUAAAGACAGAAAUGCUGAACAUUUUGAAACAGGCUGCCUCUCAGCCUCGGUCUCUCAAGUCUUGGUGUCGCCUGACUGUCUCUCACGCUCUUAUCUGUGGCACCAGAAGGGAAGAGAAGGUCACGUGUCUUCCCGUCCCUCAACGACUUCAGCAGUACAUCCUGUUUCAUGACAUACUGUCAGAAGAGCUUCAGACCCCAGAAGAAAUAUCUCACCAUAAGCAGUCUAGGAGGGAGAGAAGAGGGUUUUCCAAACCUACCAUAAUAUUUUGUUGUAGGCUCGGGUCACGGUCGCCACCGAACGCAAACACUGAAGGGGAGUAACUGGCGAGAUUUUCAGUGAUCACUUACGUUGUAUGUUUUUACAUUAAAAAACAUUAGAAUACAAUUCUUACCCUUUCAAUUUUUUUGAAAAAACAAUCAAGUUUACUUUGAAAUGUUUUGGUUCAAGAGGUUGUGGCACUUAUUUUCUCAAGUGAGCUUGAAAUUCAAGAUUUCAGAUUUCUGGCGUGUAGUCAACUUGCUGCCUUGUAAUUACUAAUAAUCAGACUGCAUUGAUCCUUCUGUAAAUAUUUAAAAAAGCAAUGGAACCAGUAAGAAAACGCGUGUGACAGGAAAUAUUUUACACUGUCAGGUGGCUUAAUUUUCUGUUAUAUUUAUUGCAGUACAUGCCGCAUGAUCAGGAAUAUGUUUAAGUGUUAUUUACAGGUUCUUGAAGAUGUCAAGAAAAAAAUGUGACCACAUCCUCUAUGCCAACUCUCAAAGUGCUGUGUCUUCUGUGUAAUAAUUGGACAUAAAAUGCCAGUCGUAACUAUCCAAAUUUUGUUUGUUUUCAUUUCGGAUUAAGUAGUAACUGUCAGUGUAGGAAAAUAGUGAGACAGCUGUACUGGUUGAGAAACGUUUCUGUCAUCCGUGUUUGUGCACCCACAUGUGCUCAAAAUAAAAAGAGAGAAAAAAAAUGGCACAAAUGGUCUGCACAUAACAUUCACUGGGCAGAUGCUAUAGUUGCACAAUGUACCUACAAAGUUAAUCUGAUGACUGCCUGCAGCUAAACAUUCGGUCUUGAUACAAUUUUACAAAUCACCUUAUUGUUUACUGGUUGCAUUAAUAACAUUGUUUGUAAAUUUUCAUGUUCGCUGUAAAUCCUAUCUUCUUGUUGUGACUAAUUACUAUUCUCUGCUGGUAAAAGAAACAUUUAAAAUUAUGAAUUACUGAAUGCUACACUAUUUGUUGUUAUGCUAUACUUUGUGGAAGGAUCAUAUGUAUACACACAGUAUGUACUACUGUAGAUGCACAGACAUAGACGUGAUAUUUUGUAUCUAAUUUUUAAAAAUUUCUUUUAGAAUUAAUAACAGUAACCAAAGAAAUAAAAGUACUUUAAGCUUCA